UACCAUUUAAAUAGUCACAAAGCGCUCGGAACGGGACUUUUAUUGUAUCACGCAGGCGUAUCGCCAUCCAUUUUGACGACUGCUCACGACGGCGAGCUUCACACAUCGCUGCUUUUAAUUCUAGGCACAUUCGCUGAGGAAUUUACCAUCCAUCAUCUUUUCUCCUUCAGCGGCGUCGACGCUCUUCCUCGUUUGUUUCAACUUCCUUGACUGUACGAUUUUGCUCGAAAGCUUUGUAUGUCUUCUGAAAAUACGCAACCGUGCGUUUGUUCCCCGACGAGAUGGAUUAAUUUGUCGGUGCCUGCAGAAAUUGCCUUGGACAUAAUUGUUCCACCUGACCAUGCAGAAAAUCCCGGGAUAACAACACAGUGCGAGGUCAUGUCCUUCAGGAGGGGUGUUGUCAGGCAGAGUAAGUUCAGGCAUGUGUUUGCCCAGGCCUGGAAGGCUGAGCACUGUCUCGAUGACGUGAGAGUGUCGCGCGUGACAUGGGACGGUCCGCUGUGCGCCGCCAAUCCCAAGUUCAUUGCUGUUGUCAUUGAGGCCGGAGGAGGCGGAGCCUUUCUUGUGUUACCGCUUGCCAAGAGCGGUCGGGUGGACCAGAACACCCCGACCGUGUGUGGUCACGCCGCUCCGGUGCUGGAUGUGCAGUGGUGCCCACAUGAUGACAAUGUUAUUGCCAGUGCCUCGGAGGACUGCACUGUCAAGAUUUGGCAGAUUCCUGACGGGGGUCUGACAUCUCCCAUGUCUGAAGCCGUUGUGACUCUCGAAGGCCACAGUAAAAGAGUGGGCAUCCUGGCCUGGCACCCUUCUGCCCUAAAUAUCCUGUUGACUGCAGGAUGUGAUAAUGUCCUGUGCGUGUGGGAUGUGGGCACCGGGGAGCUGGUGUACCAGCUGAGUGACACCCAUCCGGACCUGAUAUACAGCGUGAGCUGGAACCGCGAGGGCAGCGUCCUGUGCACCACCUGUAAAGACAAAGCCUUACGAGUCAUUGAUCCCAGACGUGGAACGGUCCUUAAGGUGCGGGAGAAGGCUCACGAGGGCUCCAGGCCGAUGAGGGCUGUGUUUCUGUCUGAUGGGAAAAUCCUGACAACCGGCUUCAGUCGCAUGAGUGAGAGACAGCUCGCCCUCUGGGACACGAGGGAUCUUUCUGAGCCAAUGGUUACUCAGGAAAUGGACACCAGUAACGGAGUUCUGCUUCCAUUCUAUGACCCAGACACUAACAUGGUUUACUUGUGCGGCAAGGGGGAUUGUACUAUUCGUUACUUCGAGGUGACAGAUGAGUCACCGUAUGUUCAUUUCCUGAGUCUGUACAGCAGUAAGGAGCCACAGAGAGGUGCUGGUUUCCUGAGCAAACGAGGAGUUGAUGUCAACAAGUGUGAAAUAGCAAGGUUCUACAAACUGCACGAGAGGAAGGUUGAGCCCAUAUCUAUGACCGUGCCGCGCAAGUCCGACCUGUUUCAAGGGGACCUGUACCCAGAUACGGCGGGAUUAGAACCCGCUCUACUGGCAGAAGAUUGGAUAGCGGGACAGGACUCUCCUCCGGCCCUUGUGUCUCUGAGCGGAGGCUACACGGCCCCUCCGUCCAAAUGUGGCACGCUUCGAGGUCGACCCAAACUGCUCUCUCAGACCAACACUAGUCCCACCAGCACCACCGCUCCAGCAAACCCUAUGGCGGUCGAGGUGGAGAGCGAGGGCUUGGGCCACGGACAAGGAAGAAGUGUAGAUGUAGAUGGAGGAAUAGAGAGAGUGAAGAAAGAGGAGGACCAUCUCUCUGAUAUCCUGACAGAGAUUCGGGCGCUCCGUGCUCUGGUUCUGGCUCAGGGUCACAGGAUCGAUGUCCUGGAAAGGCAGCUUGCCCGUAUCGAGGAUGGAGAAGUGUGAAGGAAACUACAAACAUAUCACACAACACAUAGCCUUACCCAGAUUCAGAAAGCUUCCCUGAAGGGUUAUGGGAAAUGUAGUUCCAUUACUGUGACGCAGAGAUACAAAGACGUAAUUGAGCUUUGAGCUUUAUCGGUACACUUUGGGUUUUAAUGCACUGAUAUUAAUGUCCUAAAUGCUGCUCAUUUUGUGCUUUUAAUAGGGCUGUUACAUCAGGUACUUGCUAAUGCUAAUUACAGACUUCGAAGUCUGAAUUUGGUUGGGUCAACAUUUGCAUUAAGAUUCAAACUUGAAAUUGAAAAAGCAGACUUGAUAAUCUCUCGUAGCCUCUGCAAUUAUAAAUGCUCCUACUUAAUGAAAGUAGUUUGAAUCUUGAAACCUUCAGGAAAUGUAAUAAUCCAACAUGCUGAAUCGAUUUGCUUUCUUUCACUAAAGUUUGAUGGUGCUUAUCAACAUUCGUAUAUUGACCAGCACUGUUCAUGGGUUCAGCUGCCCUCAACAGCUCCUCUCUUCCAUCUGUUUUGUCUUAACACGUGUAGCAUUGAUUUUGGAUGUUGUUAGAGUUUUAAUACGUGGAUACGUGAGUAGCAUGUGAUAGAAACUGUACUUGGUGUUGGAGGACUUUGUACGCUUUGAGUAUAACGAAGAAACUUUAGAGCAAGGGUUUCCAAAAAGAUGAAAAAUGUCCAGGUCAGAUUUCAUUUGGCAUUGAUUACAUUUGAAAUUAAUUAUAAUUAAUUUUUCAGAAUUAAUCAAGUUUUGUUUUAUUCCUUAUAAUGUUUUAGCAUAUUUUUUUUUUUUACGUGUAAGGUUAACUUUAAAGCAGUACAACAAAUACCACUAUGAUGCAUUGAGUUUUACAAUAUGGUAAUCCAAAAUAUGCCUUAUUGUCAUGAAAAUGCAAAUGAUUUAGUUUGUAAGCGAUCGUUUUCAUUAUAUAUCGUUCCUUUGAUUUGAGGUGACCUGGACGUGUUCUUGGCAGGUUUGUUGGGAUUCAUUUUGUACCUCUCGACGAAUAAUUGUGCUUCAUUCCUGUUUGAUUGAAUCUGAAAAAUAAUAGUAGAAUGAUGUGGUGUUGAUGUUGACGGUGGUGUUUUUGUAUUCGUUUUAUUUUUAGUCUUUAAUCAUGGGCACUACAAUCAGGGAUGACUCGAACCGAGGGUCGACUCGAUUUUGUUUAAGUCUAGCUUUAUCAGCUGUAUAUGUUGUAAAUUAUCUAAGUAUCCAUUUACUUAAAACUUAAGUGCUAACCGCAUCUGUUCUUUUUAAUAAACGGCAUUCACCCAUU